AUGUCGAGCAAUCGUACUCAGUUCGGCAGCACUUCGCACAUGACUCAACCAACUACCCUUAGACCUGCCCUAGUCCGGCGCAGCUCCAGUCAACGUCCCCGUGUUGGUCCCCGAACCCGUAGCUACACCGGUACAGGUACUGGUGCUGGCCACAGCUCUCGCGCACCUGAGCAACGGCACAGUGCUUCUUACGCUCCCCGCCGGGACCUUAAUUCUAUGAUACAGCCUAGCAGCCGGCCCAGCUUCAUGAGAGCCCUCACUGCUAUGAACACAUCUCUCAAUAGAGCCAGCCCCAGAACUGUCCAACCAUCUGCUCAUGAUGGAACUCGGAGAAUGCAGGUUGUGCAGCCUGGGCAUCGCGGCGGUACACACCGCACGGAGCAUACACAUGUAUCGGAGCAUACACAUGUAACGGUAGCUCAUGCAUCCGUGGCCCCCGCCAGACGAAGCCAGAGAAUCUCGUCAGCGGCAGCACAGGAUAGGAGACCUAGCACGGCGACAACGCAUAGUAACAGACCAAGCACCGCGGUGGUGAAUAGCAGACCGAGCACAGCGAUGGUACCCCACGGACAUGGACACGGUCCAGUUGAGCAACAUCAUGGACACGGACACGGGCAUGGGCAUGGGCCGGAGCACAUACAUGGAACUAGGGGCUUGGUGAGGGUAGGUGGUAGCAGAGGAGGAUAUCCCCACCAUUAG